AUGUUACCGAGGCCUAGGGAGCUUUUCUUUAUGGAGACUGCGAGAUGGCUAGACGUAAUACCCGAUGCUCUUGAAAGGUUCUGGCUACGACAACUAUCAUUCUGCACCUGCAUAUCGCUCGUCUUUGUCUGCUGUCGACACGAUUCAAUGUUUCUUGUGAUGUGGUAG